AACCUCCGUAGACUCCGUAAAAUCAAACCUACCAAAAUUUUCAAAAGAGAAAUUUCUAGAGAGAGAGAUAGACUGAGACUGAGACUGAUGAGUGAAAGCUUGAAGAGAGACUACAUUAUAUGCGACGAGAUCGGCCGGGGAAGAUUCGGCACCGUUUUCCGGUGCUUUCCGGCUAUAGGAGGCGGCUAUUCUCUUGCCGUGAAGUCCAUCGAUAAGCGUCUCACUUCCGGCGAUUUUCUCGAAUCCCAAUGCCUUUUCACGGAGCCGAAGAUCCUUCAGCUUCUAUCUCCUCAUCCUCAUAUAAUCAACAUGCACGGUCUCUAUGAGGAUGAGACUCAUCUCCACUUAGUUCUCGACCUCUGUGAUACGCCUGAUCUCCAUUGCAGGAUUACGCUCCGAGUUUUUUCCGAGCCGGAAGCUGCUGUCGUAAUGUCGCAGCUCAUGGAAGCUGUCGCUCACUGCCACCGACUCGGCGUCGCUCACCGCGAUAUCAAGCCGGAUAACAUUCUGUUCGACGAGAGGAGCCGGCUUAAGCUGGCCGAUUUUGGAUCGGCUGAGAUUUUCAAGGAAGGCGAGCCGAUGAGCGGGAUCGUUGGAACUCCGUACUACGUCGCGCCGGAGGUGUUGUCGGGGAAAGACUACGGCGAAAAAGUUGACGUAUGGAGCGCCGGCGUCGUUUUGUACAUAAUGUUGGCCGGUUUUCCACCUUUCUACGGUGAAUCGGCGGUGGAGAUAUUCGAAGCGGUGCUUAGGGGAAAUCUUAGGUUUCCGACAAGGGCUUUCCACUCGGUUUCCCCUACGGCGAAGGAUCUGCUUAGAAGGAUGCUUUGCAAAGACGUUUCCAGGAGAUUUUCGGCAGAACAAGUUCUAAGGCAUGCAUGGAUUACAAGUGGCGGUGGAACAAGAGCGGUGGCUGAUCUAAUUACCUAAAUAGCCUCACAAACGACCAAAAAUUAAAAAAAAAAAAGAGGCAAUCGUUUGGAGCUUUUUCUCAGCCGUGUUUUGUAAAGUGCGUGCGGUGCUCUGUACAGUUUUCCAAGACGGAAGCUUUUCCCGGUGGUUUUUUUUUUUUUUUUUGGGGGGGGACGAAGCGCGUGUUUUUAUGUGUUUUUUUUUUUGUUCUUUUCUUUUUUCUUUUGUCAACGAUGUACAAAGUUGAAGAGAAAAAUAGCGAGUAGAAAUCGAAGUGCGUGUUCUAGUAAGAGCAAACCAGCUUAACUUAAUUUGUAAUCCUAAUCUCGAAAAAAAAAAAAAAAACUUAUCUCGUUAAAUAAUAUGAAUAAUAUUAGUAUUUUGUAA